AUGACUUCUAUUCCUGUCCCCUUGGCUCUCCCUCCCAACACCAGCGCAGAUGCCUUUGCCCGAUUCAUCAGCGCUGUAAAGAGCAUCGUUGGAGAGGAAAACGUGCGAGUUAUCACCCCAGACACAAAGCUCGCUGACGGCUCCUACUUUGAACCUCCCAAGACGCAUGACCCGCAUCACAUCGUGGACCAGGACUACUUCGUCGCUUCCGCAGUCGUCGACCCACGGUCUGUGCCGGAGGUCCAGGAGCUCGUCCGUCUAGCCAACGAGUACCAGAUACCGCUUUGGCCGACGAGUAUCGGACGCAACUCUGGAUAUGGAGGCGCGGGACCGAGACUGAGAGGAAGCAUUGUGGUGGACAUGGGAAAGCAUAUGAACCGGGUCCUGGAGGUCAAUGUCGAUGGGGCUUUUGCGGUCGUUGAGCCUGGGGUCACCUUUGCUGCGCUGUACCAGUACUUGGUCGACAAUGGACUCAGUGACAAGUUGUGGAUUGAUGUACCCGAUAUUGGCGGUGGCUCUGUUAUGGGGAAUACCCUCGAACGUGGUGUUGGAUACACUCCAUAUGGAGAUCACUGGAUGAUGCACUGUGGCAUGGAGGUCAUUCUUCCCUCCGGCGAGCUCAUGCGAACUGGCAUGGGGGCUCUCCCUCAGAAUCCGAAGAAGGGCUCGAAGCACGACCACGACGACGAAGGGAACAAGUGCUGGCAGUUGUUCCCGUAUGGAUUCGGUCCAUAUAACGAUGGGCUGUUCUCCCAGGGCAAUGUAGGAAUCUGCACAAAGAUGGGCCUCUGGUUGAUGCCAAACCCUGGUGGAUACCAGGCAUAUAUGAUCUCUUUGCCGAAGGAUGAUGAUCUUCGACAAGCAGUGGAUAUAAUCCGACCUCUCCGUGUGCAAAACAUCCUCCAAAACGUCCCAACACUCCGACACAUCCUCAUCGACGCUGCCAUCUUAGGCAACAAAGCAUCCUAUACUUCGGACAUCACCAAGCCUAUGAAUGACACUGAACUAGACGCCGUCGCCAAGAAGCUAAAUCUCGGCCGAUGGAACUUCUACGGCGCCCUCUAUGGCCCUGAACCCAUCCGCAACCUCCUCUGGUCCUUAAUCAAAGAGGCCUUCUCUGCAAUACCCGGCGCAAAGUUCUUCUUCCCCGACGAUAUCAAAGAAUACUGCAUCCUGCAUACCCGCGCCCAGACCCUCCGCGGCGUUCCCAACUACGACGAGCUCAAAUGGAUCGACUGGCUACCAAACGGGGCCCAUCUGUUCUUCUCGCCGAUUAGCAGAAUCUCUGGCGACGACGCGAUGCUGCAGUAUGAGAUCACGAAGAAACGAACCCGCGAGGCGGGAUUGGAUUUCAUCGGGACGUUUACGGUUGGGAUGCGGGAGAUGCACCACAUCGUCUGUAUAGUCUUCGACCGGAGGAACGCCGAACAGAAGAAGAGAGCACACGCGCUGAUCAAGACGCUCAUCGCCGACUGUGCUGAGAAUGGAUGGGGCGAGUACCGCACACAUCUGGCCCUGAUGGACCAGAUUGCGGAGACGUACAACUGGAACAAUAAUGCCCUGAUGCGGUUUAACGAGACGGUCAAGAAUGCGCUGGACCCGAAGGGGAUUAUGGCGCCGGGGAAGAAUGGUGUUUGGCCGAGUUCGUAUGAUCGCAGGAUUUAUAAGUUGUAA